UCAUUGCAAGAAAAUAAUACAAUCAUACAGCGACUUUAAUCGAUGGCAUUAUCUCAGUGACCGGAAAUCAUCUGUACUCAAAGGAUGGAUUACAUCAGCCUUAUCUACUUACUUAGCAUGUUCAGUAUAGCCAUUACUGAUGCUCACGUUCUCAGAAAUCCGCCAUGUUUGGCAGAGAAGAAUCGGUAUUACCACAAACACCAGAAUAAAUGUCGCAUGUGUGACAAAUGUCUGGCUGGGGAGGGAACAAAUCUGACAGAACCAGUGGAGGUUAAUGAAAUAUUUGGUGCUCUAAGGUGUAAACCAUGCAUAACGUGUCCAGUAAGAAUGUACAACCCUCGACGUGCUUUCAAAUGUAAGCCAUGUAAAGACUGUGCUGCUUCCGGGCGGACUGUAAAGAUUGCGUGCGCACCAGACAGGAAUGAGGUUUGCGGUAAACGUAUCAAAGACAACAGCACAGCAGAAACAAGCCAAGUGCCACCCACCAUUUUCCAUGAAGAUUAUAAAAACAAUGAAGAUGCAUUUACCUUGUACCGUGACAACGCUUUGGUGAUAUGUCUUAUUUUUAUGGCAUUUGUCAUCAGCACAGUUUUUGUUGCGAACCUGUGCCGUAGAGCUAUUCAUGGCUACUCGAUACAAAAUACAGGAGUUGACGGUCAGCCUAUAAUGCAAAAUGUCGACUCUGGGUGCAACACCUCUAGCGUUGUGUCCGCAGCACGCCCUUACGAUCCACAACCAAACCCUGUCAGGCGUUGGAGCAACAGCAUAAGUCCCACUGCUGACAUCGAGGCGAUUGGCGAUGAUGACUUCUCGGAUACAAAAUGCAAACAUUUAGAACCGAGCGUAUAUAAUUUGCAAUGUCCAACAGAAACUAUGGACGAGAACGUUCAAUUGUCUUCUGAUGUUGAAGAAGAUGCUGCUCCGAUAGUGACGAUGAUUAAUGAAUCCGUCGACACGACUGACAGGGUUGACCCAAUCCGAUACUCACCCUGCAAAGGUCUCACUCCCGCAGGAGGCAAACGCAGGAAAGAUCACGCAGAACUAAAGAAGGUAAUAGAGAAAGUAUCAAAAUACAUUGCGCCUAACGACAAUUAUCAAAUUCUAGGCAGACACCUAAACGUGUCAACAACAGACAUCGACAUCAUUAGAGAUGAUUAUAGCGGUGCUCAGGAACGAGGAUACAGAACCCUGCAAAAAUGGUGGCAGUGCAAUCCUAAAGCUACAGUUGAUGAUCUCAAAAACGCUAUUCGUGACAUAGGUAGAAAAGAUAUACUGGACAAAAUUUGAGGUCACUUAUAUUAUUCUGCUAUAUCAAUGUGUAUGUUUGCUAACUUUUAUCUGAAUACUGACAUGUACACAUUGAUGACACAAGGACAAUUUAAUUGUAAAACUUAUCCUUGAUCUACAGCAAGGAUACACUGUUGCAGUACUGAUCUGAUACUAGGAGUCCUCAGUGUUAAUGUUCCUGACACAGCUGAGGAGGGCUGAGAACAUAUUUGUUGUACAAUUUCUAGACCGUUAAAUGAUUUUUUAUACUAAGUUUUAUCAGAAAUUAUAUUUAAGAUAUUUCUACAACAAUUAUUAUCGUUUACUAUGUAUGUAUAUUAUAAAAACAAUAACUCUAAACAGUGUUAUCUGUUAUCUGUUCUCGUCUGUGUGUGAGUUAAUGUUGUCUGUGAGAACACAUUGUGUAAUAUAUAUGAAUUGGUUAAUGAGUGUAUGAGUUACUGUUGACAAUGCCAAAACAUAUCAAAUUGGUUAAUGAGGGUGUGACUUAAUGCUGACAAUGCCAAAACACAUUUUUAAUUGGUUAAUGAGUGUGUGAGUUAAUGUUGUUAAUGCCAAAACACAUUUUUAAUUGGUUAAUGGGUGUGUGAGUUAAUGUUGUUAAUGCCAAAACACAUAUUAAAUUGGUUAAUGAGUGUGUGACUUAUUGUUGACAAUGCCAAAACACAUUUUUAAUUGAUCAAUGAGUGUGUGAGUUAAUGUUGAUAAUGACAAUAUACAUACUUAAUUGGUUAAUAAGUGUGUGAGUUAAUGCUGACGAUGCCAAAACACAUUUUUAAUUGGUUAAUGAGUGUGUGAGUUAAUGUUGUUAAUGCCAAAACACAUAUUAAAUUGGUUAAUGAGUGUGUGAGUUAAUGUUGAUAAUGACAUUAUACAUAUUUAAUUGGUUAAUGAGUGUGUGAGUGAAUGCUGACAAUGCCAAAACACAUUUUUAAUUGAUCAAUGAGUGUGUGAGUUAAUGUUGUUAAUGCCAAAACACAUAUUAAAUUGGUUAAUGAGUGUGUGAGUUAAUGUUGAUAAUGACAUUAUACAUAUUUAAUUGGUUAAUGAGUGUGUGAGUGAAUGCUGACAAUGCCAAAACACAUUUUUAAUUGGUUAAUGAGUGUGUGAGUUAAUGUUGAUAAUGACAAUAUACAUAUUUAAUUGGUUAAUGAGUGUGUGAGUGAAUGCUGACAAUGCCAAAACACAUUUU